AUGGUUGUUUGGGCAGCGCCGUCAAGGAGUAUGCCGAGUGCAUACCCGGAGGGCCGUAGCAAGGGUCCCGCGGGUCGUUUGAGCUUGGCGGAUUGGGAGAAUUACUACGAGCCGGAGCCGGAGGGCCCAGGAAGUUAUGCGUUCGGAUACGACAUCGAAGACCCAGAAACCGACAACGUGCAAUUCCGACACGAGGAAAGGCAUCCCAAUGGGACGGUGCGAGGAAGCUACGGCUACGUUACGCCCGACGGCAACGUGAACAUAGUUAAUUACAUCGCAGACGCUCUAGGUUACAGAGCAACAGUUGAAACGAGAUCGAGAGGUGACCUGAAGCCGAUCAAAGUGAACGUCGAGCAAGAAAUUGCAGAUGCUCAGGUGAAAGGGGAGGACACGAGGAAGUAUGUGCAACCUAAUUACGUCGAUCGCACAAAUCUGAACCGAGCUACCUUCAAUAACAAAGAGGAGAACUACGUGGUCAGCAACAAUUUGGCGAGGGCUGCGGUUCCUGUACCAAAUCAGUACUACCAAUUCUACUACACGCCACUAUACUAA